UUACUGAAUGAACUACAGUACAACUUCAUACAGAACAGAAAGCGGAAGUGUAACACCACGGUACUGAAUAACUGCAUGGCAAGCAUAAACAAGAUUAGUGUUAUGCCUAAACUGAUACUAUAGAUUAGUUUUAAUGCUGGAAUCGAGAAAUUGUUAACCUUUUUUAAUAUCUCGUAAAAAACAUGAUGUAUUUAGUCCUUGCAGUGUGCAUACUGUCAGCCUCAGUGUUUUCUCAGUCAGGGUCACAUUCGCUCUGGGUCUUCGCUACAUUUUUGACAGGAGACAUCUCAGUCCAAUUCCCAGAGUUCAGUGCAGUUGUAAUGCUGGAUGAUAUUGUGAUCGGCCACUAUAACGCAGAUGACAGAAGUUUUGUCCCGUCGACGGUGCAAGAAUCUGUUAAUAUAACCGAGCAAAUCACUAUAUCAACAGUCUGUAAAGGCAUACAUGAAGGCAUGAAAACCAAAGCGUACUACUUAAUCGAUUACUUAAACCAUACAAGAGGCUCUAUUUCUUCUCAAGGUCUACAUGUGCAGCAGAGGCUGGUUGGAUGUGAACUUCUUCAAAAUGAGCCCGGCCAAAUGAUGACACUAGAGGCCUUCAAUGGUGAGAGUGGUUUUGAAAGACGCUAUGACAUUCAGGGAGACCAACAAACUCACUGGAAAUGGCCUGUCAUUAAGAGUAGGGCACAGCUGGAGUACGAUGCAUGGCUGUAUGCACACUUUUACCGCCCUUUGUGCAUUAGCCAGCUUCGGAAAUAUCUAAAGAAGGAGAAGAAGCGUGUGAUGGCAAGAGUAAAGCCUAGAGUGAGGGUGAUUCAACGCACCUGUAGUAAGACUGGAAAAAUUCAGAUGACCUGCCUCGCAACUGGUUUCUACCCACGUCACAUUAAUCUGACUCUGCUUCAAGAUGGCCAGCCAGUCAAUGAGGAAAGGGUCAUGGGUGGAGAACUGUUGCCAAAUGCUGAUGGAACAUACCAGAUGAGGAAGAGUGUGGAACUCAGCGCUGAAGAGCAAAGAGAAAGACGCACAUACACAUGCACUGUCAAUCACCUCAGCUUGGACAACAAACUUGACAUCAGUAUAGAACCUGGUCUCGAUCCAGUUAUUAUCUUUCCCUCUGUGCUACUUUUGCUGUGUGUGUUUGGAGUUCUUGCUGGAUUUCUUAUGUGGCGGAAGAAAUAUAAACAGCCUGAGCAGGUCACAUAUACACCUACUUCAGCAACUGAUCAAACAACAGAACAAUCCCAGCUGUGACAGCAGAAGUGACACCAAAUGGUCUGUUCACUUUUUCAGACCAGUCACAAUUUGCAUUGCUGUGUUUUUACACACUCUGAACUGAAAAAAAUACCAGUAUUUAGCAAAGAUGUGUUGUCAUUCAAGUAAAAAAACUGACUUAUAUGUUGUUCACCACUGUGUAUUUCAGUUUUGAAAUGUGUCGGUAUGUUUCAUAAUACACUUCAUAAGUGUUCAAUAGUUUUACAAGAAGAAACAUUUUGCACAUUUUCUCUAUAAUGACACGACAGUUGUCCGAACCCUAACAUAACAGUGGCAGUAAAUCAGCCACCAAAGGCAUCAGUGUUUAAUCAUGUACUGUAUAUUUUUUUUUUACCGUUGACUCAUGUAUUUUAAGACUGUAUGAACUACUUUACGAAGCUUAAAAGUUAUUACAAGAUAAAUAAACGUUGCAUUUGUCUGUGAA